AUGGUGGAGAGCCCAAUGAAGAAGGUUCUAGUGAUGGCUGGGGAGAUGGAAUCUCAGAAGGACACAGAGAAUAACACUGCAGCUGUAAACAGUAGCACUACAAAUGGUGGUAACACGAAUGAUAAUGCUAGGAAUAUGCUCAACAAUGCAAACUCCUCUCAAGAUACCAUCCAGGCUAUACACAGAGGUGAUGGGGAAGGCAGCAGUGGUCAUGAGGACAUCAGUGAAAAUGACAGCAGAAAUGUGUAUAGCUUCAGUGAUGAACUGAUGCAAGGGGAUGAGCCCAGCAAAAGCCAAGAUUCCGAAGGCUCAGAAAACAGCAGCCAGCAAGAUCUCCUCAGCCAGGCAAGUGGUGGGGAAGAGCUGGAAAGCACAUCUUCAGGAGAGGAAGAGGAGCCAAGUAGUAAUGCCAGCAGUGAGCAGUCAGAGAGCAACGGUGAAGACAGUGGCAGCCAACAGGAGAGCAAUGAAAGUACCAGUCAGCCAGGCAGUGAUGACAGUGAGAAUGGUGGCCCAUCUGUCAGCAGUGAAAGUGAUAGUCAACCAGAUAGCAGCCAAAGCCAGUCUGAGAACAGCAGUGAAGGUGCCAGUGAAUCCAAGAGCAGCAGUGAAGGUGCCAGUGAAUCCAAGAGCAGCAGUGAGAGUGACAGUGAUAGCAGUAGCAGCAGUGAGAGUGACAGUGAUAGCAGUAGCAGCAGUGAGAGUGACAGUGAAUCCAAGAGCAGCAGUGACAGUGAUAGCAGUAGCAGCAGUGAGAGUGACAGUGAAUCCAAGAGCAGCAGUGAGAGUGAUAGCAGUAGCAGCAGUGAAGGUGCCAGUGAAUCCAAGAGCAGCAGUGAGAGUGACAGUGAUAGCAGUAGCAGCAGUGAAGGUGCCAGUGAAUCCAAGAGCAGCAGUGAGAGUGACAGUGAUAGCAGCAGCAGCAGUGAAGGUGCCAGUGAAUCCAAGAGCAGCAGUGAGAGUGAUAGCAGUAGCAGCAGUGAGAGUGCCAGUGAAUCCAAGAGCAGCAGUGACAGUGAUAGCAGUAGCAGCAGUGAGAGUGCCAGUGAAUCCAAGAGCAGCAGUGAGAGUGACAGUGAUAGCAGUAGCAGCAGUGAGAGUGCCAGUGAAUCCAAGAGCAGCAGUGAGAGUGAUAGCAGUAGCAGCAGUGAGAGUGCCAGUGAAUCCAAGAGCAGCAGUGACAGUGAUAGCAGUAGCAGCAGUGAGAGUGCCAGUGAAUCCAAGAGCAGCAGUGAGAGUGACAGUGAUAGCAGUAGCAGCAGUGAGAGUGCCAGUGAAUCCAAGAGCAGCAGUGAGAGUGAUAGCAGUAGCAGCAGUGAGAGUGCCAGUGAAUCCAAGAGCAGCAGUGAGAGUGACAGUGAUAGCAGUAGCAGCAGUGAGAGUGCCAGUGAAUCCAAGAGCAGCAGUGAGAGUGAUAGCAGUAGCAGCAGUGAGAGUGCCAGUGAAUCCAAGAGCAGCAGUGACAGUGAUAGCAGUAGCAGCAGUGAGAGUGCCAGUGAAUCCAAGAGCAGCAGUGAGAGUGACAGUGAUAGCAGUAGCAGCAGUGAGAGUGCCAGUGAAUCCAAGAGCAGCAGUGAGAGUGAUAGCAGUAGCAGCAGUGAGAGUGCCAGUGAAUCCAAGAGCAGCAGUGACAGUGAUAGCAGUAGCAGCAGUGAGAGUGACAGUGAAUCCAAGAGCAGCAGUGAGAGUGAUAGCAGUAGCAGCAGUGAAGGUGCCAGUGAAUCCAAGAGCAGCAGUGAGAGUGACAGUGAUAGCAGUAGCAGCAGUGAAGGUGCCAGUGAAUCCAAGAGCAGCAGUGAGAGUGACAGUGAUAGCAGUAGCAGCAGUGAAGGUGCCAGUGAAUCCAAGAGCAGCAGUGAGAGUGACAAUUCCAGUGACCCUAAUGAUUCCAGUAGCUCAAGUGACUCUACUGAUUCUAGCAGCUCCAGUGAUUCAAGCAGCUCCAGUGACUCCAGUGAUUCGAGAAGCUCCAGUGAUUCCAGUGAUUCAAGCAGCUCCAGUGAUUCCAGUGAUUCGAGUAGUUCCAGUGACUCCAGUGAUUCGAGUAGUUCCAGUGACUCCAGUGAUUCUGGUGACUCUUCUGAAUCCAGCAGCUCAAGUAGCUCCAGUGAUUCUAGUGACUCCAACAGUUCCAGUGACUCAAAUGGUUCCAGUGACUCUAGUGAUUCUGGUGACUCUUCUGAAUCCAGCAGCUCUAGUAGCUCCAGUGAUUCUAGUGACUCCAACAGUUCCAGUGACUCAAAUGGUUCCAGUGACUCUAGUGAUUCUGGUGACUCUUCUGAAUCCAGCAGCUCAAGUAGCUCCAGUGAUUCUAGUGACUCCAACAGUUCCAGUGACUCAAAUGGUUCCAGUGACUCUAGUGAUUCUGGUGAUUCUUCUGAAUCCAGCAGCUCAAGUAGUUCCAGUGAUUCUAGUGACUCCAACAGUUCCAGUGACUCAAAUGGUUCCAGUGACUCUAGUGAUUCUGGUGAUUCUUCUGAAUCCAGCAGCUCAAGUAGUUCCAGUGACUCCAGUGAUUCGAGUAGUUCCAGUGACUCCAGUGAUUCGAGCAGUUCCAGUGAUUCUAGUGACUCUUCUAGCAGCUCAAGUAGCUCCAGUGAUUCUAGUGACUCCAACAGUUCCAGUGACUCAAAUGGUUCCAGUGACUCUAGUGAUUCUGGUGAUUCUUCUGAAUCCAGCAGCUCAAGUAGUUCCAGUGACUCCAGUGAUUCGAGUAGUUCCAGUGACUCCAGUGACUCUUCUAGCAGCUCAAGUAGCUCCAGUGAUUCUAGUGACUCCAACAGUUCCAGUGACUCAAAUGGUUCCAGUGACUCUAGUGAUUCUGAUGACUCUUCUGAAUCCAGCAGCUCUAGUGAUUCUAGUGAUUCUGAUAGUCCAAGUGAUUCCAACAGCUCCAGUGCUUCUGAUGCCAAUGGCAAUAGCAGCUCCAGUGAUUCUGGCAAUUCUAGUAAUUCCAGCAGUUCCAAAUAA